AGAGAUGAUCUGAUAUGAUUUGAUUGAUCAAGGACAGCAGGGGGGGCGAACCCCUCAUCUGAUAACCGAGCCAUCGACUGGACGUGGCUUUGAACGACCACAAUCGGCUGCCCAGCCUUCGAGGGCAUCAUUGUCUUGGGCCGUGUACUGUCUGAGACCCCGAUUGGGAGCCUGACAUCCGACAAUUGCUCGUCUGCUGCUCCUUUCAUUCUUUCCUUUCAACGCCCAUCAAGUCAAUUCUGCAUCUCCACCAGAGGCGCAUCCUUCCAACUGUACACACAGGACAUCAGCUCGUCGCCAUGGCCGUAGACGUCUUCUCGGUGCCCGUCUUCCUCAUCGUCUUCCGCGAGACGCUCGAGACCGUCAUCAUCGUGUCGGUCCUGCUCGCAUUCCUCAAGCUCUCCCUCGACGGCUCCGAUGGCAGCCACAAGACCUACAAGAAACUCACCAGACAGGUCUGGCUAGGCACGGCACUCGGCCUGCUCAUCUGCCUGAUCGUCGCGGGCGCCGUGAUCGGCGUCUUCUACCGCGUCGGCGUGGACGCCUGGUCCGGCUCCGAGGGCUACUACGAGGGCGCGUUCUGCCUCGUCGCCAGCGUCAUCAUCACCAUCAUGGGUGCCGCCCUCCUGCGCAUCGGCAAGAUGCAGCAGAAGUGGCGCGCCAGGCUGGCCGCGGCCCUCGACUCGCCCCUCCGCUCGUCCUCGCGUCGUGCAAAGAGCGCGGGCGGCGGCGGCGGCAGCGAGGACGUCGACGACGUGGCUGGUGGUGAUGCUGCUGCUGCGGCUGCCGUGGGGAAGCUAUCCGCCUGGGACAAGUUCAAGCUCUUGUGCGAGAAGUAUGCCAUGUUUUUCCUGCCUUUGAUCACGGUGCUGCGCGAGGGCAUCGAGGCGGUCGUGUUCAUUGCGGGAGUUACAUUCUCGGCGCCUGCUACCUCGGUACCGCUGCCCGUGGUGAUUGGGUUGAUUGCUGGGUGUGUGGUCGGGUACGCGCUGUACAAGGGCGGCUCCACGACCUCGCUCAAGUUCUUCCUCAUCGCAUCCUGCUGCCUGCUGUACCUCGUUGCCGCGGGCCUGUUCUCCCGCGCGGUCUGGCUCAUCGAGUCGCAGAAGUGGAACGAGGUUGUCGGAGGAGAUGCCGCUGAAGUCGGGGACGGGCCAGGCUCGUACGAUAUUGACAAGAGUGUGUGGCAUGUCAACUGCUGCAGCCCAGACCUCAACGGCGGCGGCGGCUGGGGCGUGUUCAACGCCAUCCUGGGCUGGCAGAACUCGGCGACCUACGGCUCCGUCAUCUCGUACAACGUGUACUGGAUCUUUGUCAUGGCGGGCUUCGGGUGGAUGCGGUACACCGAGAAGCGCAAGACCGCGGUCAAGGAGCAGCUGUAAGGUCUCUUCAGUGUUGGUGGCUGUGACGUGUGACUUCGCUCCGUUCGGCUCUACUGGAUUAUCGCUGGUAUUGCGGAGACUUUGACAGGAGCUUGUUACCUAAGAGAAGGGAAUGGAGAGCAUAGGCACCGACGGCACUUUGUGCUCAUAAAGUGAGAAGAUGAUAGCAAAAUUAUGUCAUUUAUGAUCUGGACAGACAAUGAGCAAGGCAUUUCCUCUUGCAGGCUGUAUGGAGUAGACAUCCCAGGGCACGUGGCUCCCUCGCGUCAAAAUGGGACGUCCACCGGGA